AGAAGCAGCUGUAACAGCGAGCGGGCGAGCGAUCUAGGGCCGAGGGAUUCGUGAACUGGAAGGGAGAGAGCGCGCGCGUGUGUGUCGUGGAUAUUUAUUGCGGUAGUGAGUUGGUUCGUUGCGCGGAGCAAGACAGCGCGGGAAAAUCGGAGAAAUAAGACAUAGAAACUGUGCACAAUAGACUGCAGUGCAGUAUUGGCUGCAGCCGCUAGCCAUCGUUCAAAAUUCCGUCCCGCAAGAUGACGGUCCAUCAUCAGCGGCCCAGCCACCACGUGCCCGCUCUUAAUGGCCUGAAUCUGAGUCGCGUCGGCGCCGCUCACGCCAGUCAGACCCUCGGCAACAAUAUCGUGAACGACAGAGCCGACGCCGCAACAACCAUGCCGCACAGGUCGAGCUUUAUGAUAACCGAUAUCCUUGCCUCGGCGUCCAGUCCGCAAAGUCAAGAAUCGCCGAAUAGCCCGCCGUCCACACCGCGAGACUUGAGUGUUCGGCAAUGGAGAGCGUCGUCGAAUAAUAAUCACGACGAGGACAGCGACGCAAGUCAUCACGAUGCGGUCUCCGUGUCGUCCAACGGUGGUAAAGAAGACGAACAGAAGUUAGCAAACAGCCAGAGCUCGUCACAGAGUAAAAAGCAGCGAAAAGCGCGAACGGCAUUCACGGAUCACCAGUUGCAGACGCUGGAGCGCAGCUUCGAGAAACAAAAGUAUCUGAGCGUGCAAGACCGAAUGGAACUCGCGGCCAAAUUGCAGCUCACCGACACGCAAGUCAAAACGUGGUAUCAGAAUCGAAGAACAAAAUGGAAGCGCCAAACGAUAGUCGGCUACGAGAUCCUCGCGGAAGCCGGCAACUACGCGGCUCUUCAACGCCUCUACCCAGCAGCUUCGCCGUACUACUACUCGCCAGCAGCGGCCGCGGCGGCGGCAGCGCAUCACGCGCAAAACGAUUUGCUGUAUCGCCAGGCCGCCGCGGCAACGCUACAGCGACCGAUGCCCUAUCGCCUGCAUCCGACACCGGCGAUGAUACUCGCAGGACCAAGCGCGCCGCUGGGCGCACUCACGCCGAACGCCGCAGCCGCAGCCUCGUUCAACAGUCUCGGUGGCCUCGACAAUGGUUACUUGAGCCGAGAGGCGCGCGAACCUGGCGAUCCUGGCAGCGCGGCGGCCUUGGAGCAGCAACGCGACAGGCAAUUGCAUCAACAGUUUCGCGCCGAGAGGAGUAGUCGAAGUCGAAGUCGGAGCCGCUCUCCUGCUGGCAGGCGGGAAUCGCCCGACACGCCCACUAGUAUCUGCAAACCCGACAGCGACGACGAGAGCAUACACGACGUGUAAAGCAAGUGGCGAGUCGCUCUCUCGAUCGUGCGUAAUAGUGCCAAAUCGGUGCUCUGCUCAACGAGGGAAAGCGAAACUAGGAACUGAUCUUUGCACGUGGCUGCGGGCAACUUUGGAACGCAGCUUCCCAUUGGAAAGGCCGUUGUCGUUGAAGCGAGUUUCGAUCGCAGUUUGUCACCGGUGAAAUCGGCGCAAGUGAACCCAGCAAGGACGUCGUCGGGAAAGAAGCCAGGCGAAAUAUUUUACACGACGAGCUCCAAAAGAACCCGUACGUGGCGUCCCGGUAACCGCAAUUAAUAUAACAUUAACGGGCCGCAGUGUGACACGUGACCGUGGGCAGGACUUUAUACAUACAAUGUUGCCUGCUGAAACUCCUUUCUUUCUUUCGUAUUCAGUCGCAACGAUAAUGAAAGACCUGAUUGAUACAAUAACGAGCACGCAUGGACAUUUUUCGCGUAAAAAAUACGCUGUUCGGGCAUUAAUUACUGUACACCCUUCCCCUCCCAUCCCGCGUGAGUGCUCGUUAUAGACAUUUGUAGAUAUAUUUACACUUGAUUCUUUAGAUUCCUUUGCCCCUCAUGCCCCCUUCUGUGCGUGUACGAUAGAGAGUGUACGUGGAGGUCUAGUGUAACUUACGUACUAUUAUGAUAUUUUCUGUUUGUUUAUUUAUUCGAGAUGGAGCCCAUGGGAAAGAGAGAUUGUGCAAUUGUGCGAGCCGAUCACGAUGUGGUAUACCCAACGGAGCUUGGCUAUUUAUCCAAAAUUUUCGCGCAUCCUUCAACGAUGAACUUGAAUUUUAAAGAGGUGCUCCUCUUCUGAACGAAAAACUCAACUUUCGUUGGGUAUACUUAUGUAUAAUCUUUUGAUUGUUCUCAUGGACGCUAAACGUUGAUCUUGUAAAUACGAUGAAUUUCUUUUCUGCAAGAAGAACAAAGUGGAGUAUUAUGUGGCGUUGAGUUUUUCAGCUUGUACACAAAAAAGACACGAAUAUAGGACAAGUACAAUUAUAAUAGGAUUACUAUUGUAGAGCUGUACGCUACAUUAAGCAGCGAAGUAUCCUAGAAGCCGUCGUAGGUUGUUUCCGCAUUUGCCGCCCAACGACAAAACAUUCGUUGUUUUCUUCGUGGUGAGUGCACAGCUGAUGAAAACGACGAACAAGAACACAAAUACAUACAACACACACACACACGCGCACACGCACACAGACACAGCUAACCCAGUUUGUUAGAGUCGAAUUUCAGACGCAUUCCUCGCUGCGCGCUCAGCAAGGGGGAAUAAUAUGGCGCUUUUCCCCUUGCGCAUCGCGCGCGGGAGUACCAGUAUUAUAAAUGUAUAAAAUUACCUAGAUUUUACCGUAUGGUGUGCGCGACAAUGGCGAAUGUGCGAGGUGUGUCAGUUAUACGUGCGACUGUGCGUCGAUGAAGGGAUACGAAGAUACAAAAACAAAAAAACAAAUAAAAAGAAAAAUAAAUACAAAAAAAGGAAAACAACAACAGGUAACCUGGUUGGAUGUUUUUUGAUUGAUCGAUCGCGACGAUCGUCACUCAACGAAGCCGGUUUUCUAUAUUAAACGUUGUAAGUCCUUCCCCUUCUCCUCUAUCCAAUUCCCUUUUCUUCCCAGUCCCGUUUCCCAUGCUUCCAAAUGCAGCAAAGAAUAUUUAUAAGUAAAUUCAUGCUUUGUAACAUAAUGUCUGUAUAGCAAAAGAUGUAUGGAAAAUAUAUUA